AUGGAUGGGGAUCCAAAAUGUUUGAAACGAGCUCAAACAAUAACCAGUACAUCAUGUUCACCAUACGUUUACAAUACAAAUACAAAUGCAGCAAUCACAUAUUCUGGCGGCGGAUUGUCAUCUCCAUACGGUGUAGCUGUGGAUAGUGCUAAUAAUCUCUAUAUUGCGGAUUCUGUAAGUGUUCGAAAAUAUGCGUGGAAUACUUAUAACUAUUCAAGUGGAGGAAUUAUUGUGGCACCUUCGUCCACAACACAAGGAUCAACUGGCACUCAAUUUGGCUCGGUGUUAGCUAUCUGCACAGAUUCUGAUAGUAAUUUAUAUAUUAGUGACAUAAAUGGUUAUUCUAAUGGUUAUAGUAAUUAUCGCAUCCAGAAAUGGGAUAACGGAGCAGUAUGGGGUCCUACAGUGGCAGGAGGAAACUCGCAGGGACCAGCCCUAAAUCAAAUAAGUACUUCAUUUGGCAUUUAUGUUGAUUGGAAUUAUAAUCUCUAUGCAUCAGACAAUAACUAUCAUCGAGUAACCAAAUGGGCUCCAUACUCGACAAUUGGAAUUCUUGUGGCUGGUAAUAAUGGAAGCGGUAGCAAUGCAACACAAUUGAACUCGCCACGAGGUGUGUUUGUCGAUCAAAUGGGAAAUGUCUAUGAUGUUGAUACGGGAAAUCAUCGUGUUCAAAAAUGGAACGUUGGCGCAACGUUUGGUGUCACAGUCGCAGGUGGAAACGGACAGGGACAAUGUGCUACACAAUUAAAUAACCCAACAGCAAUUUAUCUUCGUACAGAUGGUGUUCUAUUCGUAUUGGACGCAGGGAAUCAACGCAUUGUACAAUGGUCUCCAAAUGCAGCUUAUGGUGUUACUGUUUUCGAUGGAUCUAAUGGUGUUUUUAGCGUGUAUACAUAUGCAAUGACCAUGGAUUUAACAGGCAAUUUAUAUGUUGCUGAUGCGCAUCGUUGGCAGGUUAAAAAAAUUGAAAUUAUUUCCACUGGUGCAUGUGGUAAGUAG